AUGCUCAAACAACUUGUGAUUGCGGCCGGUGUGCUACUGGCUUCAUAUCUCUACAGUCGGUUGAGAUACCUGCGCGGUAGACAGUAUGCACAUAUUCCGCAGUUACCGAACCAUCUUCUCUGGGGCCACCUCAAAAUAUUCGGAGAGUUUAUGAGCCGGGGAACACACGACCGUCACCCAGAUAAAAUCUUUGAAGAGAUGUGGAUAUCCAUUGGUCGUCCCCCCGUCAUGCUCGUAGACCUGCGGCCUGUCAACCCUCCUAUGGUUCUAGUCCCUAGCCACAGCAUCGCAGAACAGAUAUCGAAGCCGUGUCAGUUGUUCCCUCUGAGUUUCACAACUCAACAUUUGUGGGCACUACUGCCACUUGUUCUGGAGAGUAUGGUCCCUUUCUUGAAAUAUCUGGACCAAUUCGCCAUCUCAGGAGAAGAGGUCUCUCUAGAGAAGCUGAUUUCGAACCUGACGUUUGAUGUGAUUGGCGCCGCUGUGCUGCAUGCGGACCUCAACUCUCAACAGAUGGACAUUUCGAAGCAAGGAGAGCUCCCUCGACUAUUCGCGGAACUGAUGGAUACAUACGCCGACGACAAGAACAACCUUCCUUGGUGGAUUGUUCCCUUGACCACACUGAGACGAUACCGAGUUGCCAAGCGUAUCGAGGUGCUGGUCCAAGACACUAUACGGCAAAGAUACACUGAGCUCAAAGAGGAAGCAAAAGGCAACCGAUCUCGGAGUAUUGCAGCCCUCAGCUUCCAAGACACCGAUGCCCUCACCCCUCAGCUCCUAUCAGAAACGUCAGAUCAAGUCCGCAACUUCCUCUUCGCUGGGCACGACACGACCACUAGCAUGCUGCAGUGGGCAUUGUAUGAGUUGAGCCGCACCCCGCGCGCUCUCAAGGCUGUCCGCGACGAGCUGGAUGAGAUAUUCGGGCCACACGAAGUCGACCCCCUCUCCAUGUGCGCAAGCUUUGCACAAAGCGGCGAGGAAAUCUUCCCGCGCCUGCACUAUAUCAACGCCGUGAUCAGAGAGACGCUUCGCCUGCAUCCCCCGGCUGGCAGCACCCGCAUGACACCCCCGGGAUCAGGCUUCGCGGUCCGCGCCCCAACCGGCGAAGAGUACAACCUCGACGGGACUAUUAUGUACUUGUGUCACAGCGUCAUACAGCGUGAACCAUCCGUGUUCGGAGAUACGGCAGAUGUCUGGGUACCCGAGCGGUGGCUCGGCGAGGCCGGUAAGAAUAUUCCGGCAAGCGCUUGGCGGCCGUUCGAGAGGGGACCAAGAAAUUGUAUCGGUUCUGAACUUGCGAACUUGGAGUCCCGGAUCAUCAUCAGCAUCGUGGCGCGGAAGUAUGAUUUCGUCAAGGUAGGCCUGGGUGAGACCGACUUUGGCGACAAUGGUCUUCCUGUGCUUGAUGAGAAUGGCCAGUUCAAGGUCAAGUCGCAGCUGUACAACGAUGACCGCAAGGCCGGUUGA